UGUAAGGUCCCCAGAAAUAAACUCUUUUCAGUUCACGAAAAGUGACUGCAAGUUGCUUUUGCACUACCCUGGAUAGUCGUAGUUCCGUCGAUUGUCUGUAGCUGUCUCCGUGGACAUCCUGAGGAAGACUUCGGACAAUCCGAGUUUGGGAAAGGAGUUCUAGAUGGGAGAACGAAGAUAGAAUGUCCUCACAGGAUCUGCAUCGGCACGCGUGGAAUGCAGAUUACAAUCAGAGUAUCCUGUCCCGUACCUUUAGAGAUUCUGCACGUGCAGGUCUUACUCGUGAAGCUGUCAACGACUACACCAGUCCAACGCUGAGUCGUCGAGACGUCAACAUCUUGCGACAACUACCUUGUGGUAAAGGACAGACUCGAGUUCACACCCGCCAUCGAGAGAGACUUGACAUUAUCGUCUGCUACCCUGACCAGGAUUAUUGGUUUCAAGGCCUGAAGAUGACUUGGCUUCUCGUGUUAGCAGGGUUGUUUGUGUAUUUACUCCACAAAGUCUUCUCUCCUCGACAAAGAGAAGUACCUCCUGGUCCCAACGGUGUCGGGCUUUUCUGCGAUGUCUUCAAAGCAAUGAAAGGAGGAACUCUACAUCUACUGGGUGAGAAGCUGGCCAGACAGUAUGGAGACAUCGUCAUGUGCAGGACCAUCAUCGGCAACUUGUGUUUCCUCAACUCGGCGAGACUUGUCAGACAGGUGUUUACCGACAAGGGAACAGAACUCGUCACCAACGACCGACCCUCUACGUUUACUGGUGCGGCAGUAGCUUAUAAUUUUAAGGAUGUGAUAUUUGGUGAUGGAAUCAAAUCUUCAGACUGGUCGAAGAAGAGAAGGAUCCUUCAUUCCACUCUUAAGUUCUAUGGAGACGGUGUGGACAAACUUGAGGGAACGCUACAGACAGAGUUAUGCCGCUUAUGUGAUGCACUGAAGACAGAAAUAAAAAUGUCUGGUGAAAAUGAUCGUCAACCACCACGGGGCAAUGACAUCGAGAUUGGCACUCUGUUGUCCAUUUCCAUUCGCCAAGUUCUAGCUACUUUGGUGACUGGAGAAACCCAAGAACACGAGUCAAAAGUGCCGCAACUGAUCGAAGACUUAGCCGUGUGUUUGCAGAAAAUAACGAACCCCGUCACCGACUUUCUUAUCCAUACUUACCCAUUCUUCCGCUUUCUCCCUGGAUCCUACUAUAAAGAGCUGUGUGGCAGGACGCUCAUGAACCGGGAUGCUUUUGAGAGAGAAGUGUUCACCAAAGGAAAGGCAAAGCACAUACCCGGUGAACCGAAGGGAAUGAUGGGAUCGCUCCUCGAAGAACAAUUGAGUAACAGCAGCAGCUGGCUUACAGAUGACCACAUCCGGGCACUGCUUCUUGACAUUAUUGGGGCAGGGUACGUUACUUCAGUUGAGCUGCUGAAGACGUUUUUCCUGUACAUGGCUCACUACCCUCAAGUGAUGAAGAGGAUUCAGCGAGAGAUAGACAGUGUCGUGGGACUCAAGGAACCCUGUUUUGACGAUAGAAAGAAGCUGCCCUUCACAGAAGCGGCCAUAUUGGAAGUACUACGGGCUGCAUCAGCUAUUCCGCUAGGUGUCGCACACGAGACCAGAGAGGACGUCACCAUUGGUGACUUUUGUAUCCCCAGAUGGACGAUGCUAUUUGAGAACAUGUGGUGGAUGAACCGGGACCCGACAGCAUGGGAGGAGCCUAACGUCUUUCGUCCUGAACGUUUCCUUGAUGACGAGGGUCAGUUACUGCCCCCUACUCACCCCACACGAAUGAGAUUUCUUCCCUUUGGAGUUGGGAGGCGCAGCUGUCCUGGGGAGAACUUCGCGCGCUCGCGGGCCUUCCUCUACGUCACAACGCUCUUACAGCAGUUCGACUUCCUCCCGCCUGUCAACCAUGACUUGCUUCCCCUCACACAAGAUUCGUGGUCAGAUGGGAUCGUCCUUCAGCUCAGACCAUACCACGUGGCGAUAAAGGAAAGGUCACAGUAGUCACACACGGAAUACUGCUACAUGUAUCAGGCAGAACAAAUAAUAGUCCGCUUUCGCUUUACUUUUUUGCAUUUUUUUAUUAGACCAACAGACAGUUGUUAUUACUUCUGUGUGACACUGUGUCAAAUGCUGACAUGUUUCACCGGACUUUUCUCUGACACAAAGCUGUUACAAAAAUUUGACUUCUUUCCGCGUGUCAGCCAUAAGCUGCUUCCCUUGCACCAACAUUGGACAGAGGUUGUCGUCCGGUAGUUCAAGCCACACCACGUGACCAUAAAGAGGACGUCACAACGGUCACAGAUAGGGAGAAUGAUAUUAUUGAGCCAGAUAAUAACUAGUCUGUGUCUUGCUUAUCUUUGUCGCGUGCAUUUUUGUAGAGGACCAGCACUCAGUAAUUACACUGUUACUGUAAUGUAUCUGUGUGACUA